AUGAAACAAGAGAUAUGGUUUUAUGGGAUGUUUAUUGUUCAAUUAACACUUGACAUUGCCUUCUUUCUGACAUGUAAAUGGGCUUGGACAUUAAAUCUUUAUCUUGACUCAUUUGCAGAUAAUUAUUUUGCAGAUCAUGUAUGUGUUUGGUAUUUUGUUAGUGUAGGAAUAGUCCUGUAUUUAGUUUCAUAUUUCCACAGUGGAAAUUUAAUUUCUAUGUAUUCAUUAUCAAUUAAACCAAGUAAAAAAGAACAAUACUUUUGUUAUAUUCAUGGACCAACACUUGGAAGAAUUUUCAUUUCAUUUGGAUGCGUUUUAUAUUAUCACUCAUCAUUUGGAUUAGCAUUAUGGGGAGGAUAUAUUGGAAUAGCAUUAAUUGCAUCUGUGAUUAUAGAAAACCAAAUUUUAUUACCACACAUUCCAUUAAUGGACUAUGGGUUAGUCUUUGGAAGAAUAAGAAUUCCAAAACCUUUAAAACAAGAACAUCUUGAUUGA